AUGUUAAAGAAGAGCUGCUGCAUAUAUAAAACUUGCAGGGCAGUAUGCCAACGGGAGCAGGUUUUAGAAACACUGGGUACAGGAUAUUUAAGCCACUGCCUUCCCCUCUGUCAAACUCUGUUGUUUUCAGGCUCAGACCUCAGAGUGGUGCUGGUGGGUCAGGAGAGAGUGGGGAAGAGCUCAGCAGGAAACACCAUCCUGGGAAAGAAGGUUCUGGACUGUCGGUUCAGCUCCGUCCCCGUGACUCUGAGGCCUCAGAAGGUAGAAGGUGAUGUUGAAGGUCUCAGAGUUUCUGUGGUGGACACCCCUGGACUCUUCAGCACUCAGCUGUCUGUAGAACAGGUGAAGUCACAACUGAAAACAGCAGUCAAGCUGAGCUCUCCUGGUCCUCACGUCUUCCUGCUCACCAUUCAGCUGGGAAUACUGAGCAGACAGGAACAAAAAGCCAUGGAGACGCUGCAGAAGAUGCUGGGUCCUGGUGUCUCCAAACACACCAUGCUGCUGUUCACCUACGGAGACCGACUGGAAGACACAGACGUGCAGCAGUUCAUCAGAGAGGAUGCCAACCUGCAGAAGCUGCUGAAGAGCUGCAGCGGGCAGUACCAUGUGUUCAACAACAAGAAGAUGGAGGACAGGGAGCAGGUCCAGGAGCUGCUGGACAAAAUCCAGAAGAUCUCCCAGGAUGGCAGCCUGAUUUAUAAGAGAGAAGCUAUGUCCCAACGGUUUGGGGAAGGUUCCAUAGGCAGGGGGGUUAGGGGAAUUCGCCAAGGGUGUGAAAGGUUAAUAAGCAACCUUUACUUUCUCAUCAGACGCGGGGAAACAGAUGAAACCCAUCAGAACAGUGGACACAGCCCAGCAGAGGGUGAAUAUGGGAAAGUAAAGAGAGGAAUGAAGAGAAGUUUUAAAAAAUGAUAUGGAAAAAUAAAGGAGCAGUUUAGGACAUUUUGAAUUGUAAAUUAAAUGGCAAGGCAGGUUUAUUAGUAAAGCACAUUUCAGUAAACAAUUGAAAGU